CUCCUCCCCACGGAAACCGGCGGCCCGAACAAAGCGCCAUUCCUCUGCGCAAUACCGCUUCCCUCUGUGCGGGGCGUAGUUACUGCGGAGCCUGACUGGACUUGGCCCUGUCACCGGGCCCAUUGGGUUUAUUGGUUCUACUUACACUUGUGCAGGGCGCCAUUCCCUCUGCUGUCAGGCCUCACUUUCCUUAUCCUUGUCUCUCCUGCCCCUCCCUGCCCUAAGCCUCUCUCAGAUUGCCCCCAGCUUUCUGCCCCCACCCAACUACCUACCCAUCUACCUACCCACCCACCUACCUACCCAUCCACCUACCUACUCACCUACCUACCUACCCACCCACCCACCCACCUACCUACUCACCCAUCCACCCACCUACCUACUCACCUACCUACCCACUCGCCUACCUACCUACCCACCCACCCUGUGCUCCCAGUCCUUUGCUCUUUCAUAUCACCUGUCUGUCUCUUUUCCUGCCCCCUCUUUCUUUCCUAAGGUUUUGCCUUUUUACAGCUCCCCCCAUAACACUGACAAGGCCUUGCCCCCACUAACUUUCUAAGGCCCCUCCCAUAUCACCUUCCUCUUCAAAAGCUUCCCUCCACCAUUUGGUGACUGUUUUCCCCACCAAGCAUAUAUAUAUAUAUAAUCACCUCCUGUCUUCCCUGACCUACUCUACCCACCUCCCUAUGCCAGUGCCAUAGUUGCCCUUCACUUUGCCCACUUGUCCCCCUUGCAUACCCGCUCUUCUUUGUGGCUUUUCUUUCCACCUUCCUCCCCCCCGGUAACUAUGGCUUCCAAGGUGGGGAAAACCGUGGACUUGGAGCGAAGUUGUGUGCUGUGCUGUCAAGACCUGGACAUUUAUGCCGUGGGAAAAUGUGAUCACCCUAUCUGCUACCGCUGUUCGACUAAAAUGCGGGUCCUGUGCGAGCAGAAGUACUGCGCUGUGUGCAGGGAAGAACUCGAUAAGGUGGUGUUUGUGAAUAAGCUGGCUCCUUUUACAAGCCUCCCUUUGCAGCAGUUGCAAUACGAGAAGAAAUACGACAUUUACUUUGAGGAUGGAAAGCUGUUUUCUCAGUUUAGGAAGCUCCUGCAGCACGAAUGCACUCUGUGCCCCUCCAUGCGACCCUUUCAUGCAUUUGCUGACCUGGAGCAGCACAUGCGGAAAAACCAUGAACUGUUCUGCUGCAAGCUUUGUGUCAGACACCUAAAGAACUUUACAUAUGAACGAACGUGGUAUACGCGCAGGGACCUGGCACGGCAUCGCAUACAUGGUGAUCCUGAAGAUACCUCUCAUCGUGGACACCCUCUGUGCAAGUUCUGCGAUGAACGCUACCUUGACAAUGACGAACUGCUCAAACAUCUGCGGAGAGACCAUUAUUUUUGUCAUUUUUGUGACUCUGAAGGUGCCCAGGAAUAUUACAGUGAAUACUCCUUCCUAAGGGAGCAUUUCCGCGAGAGCCACUUUCUGUGCGAAGAGGGCCGCUGCAGCACGGAGCAGUUUACUCACGCUUUCCCUACUGAAAUAGACUACAAAGCCCACAAGACUGCUUGUCAUAGCAAAAACCGGGCUGAAGCCAGGCAGAACAGGCAAAUUGAUAUCCAGUUUAGCUAUGCGCCCCGGCACAACCGCAGAGCUGAAGGGAUCGUGGCAGGUGAUGACUAUGAAGAGGUGGACAGAUAUAACAGGCAGGCCAGAUCUGCAAGAGGGGCGGCACGUGGAGCUCAGCAGCAGAACAAACGGGGGAGCUGGAGAUAUAAAAGGGAGGAAGAGGACAGAGUGAUUGCAGCAGCAGUUCGAGCAUCCGUGGCGGCCAGGCGGCAAGAAGAGAUGGGGAGGAAGCAAGCACCGGAAAAUCCUGAUACCACAAAGUCCCGACAGGAGCACUCACGAGAUAUUGAGGAAGGGAGUAAAGGAAAAUCCUCCUCCAAACCCACAACUGAUAUGUCGGGGGCAGAAUCGUUAAUGAAAUCUGUGUCGCUGGGACCAAAAGACAAUGGUAAAACACAGAAUGCUACUAAUGGAGUUUUAAGUACGGAUGAUUUUCCUGCAAUAGGCUCUGCGCCAUUAUUAAGCUCAACAAAACCUGUAGCUACUAAGCCGAAGGAAGAGGACUUUCCAAGUCUUUCUUCCAUUAUCUCCUCAUCUGCCAGCUCUUCUGUGCCUGCGUUCUCCACUGGGAUCUCUUACACUGCGUCGGCAAGGUCGUCCAAUAAGUUUCAAGAGGAGGACUUUCCAGCCCUGGUGUCAAAAAUUAAUCCAAACAAACCACUAUCAUCUGUUGGAUCAGCGUGGGCCACUGCCUCCUCAAAAACUGCCCCCAAGGCCACAGGGUCCAGCAACGCUGCACCAAGCAAGGUUGUGAAAAAAGCUGCUCCCUCCGGCAAUGGGAAAGGGGCAGGCAAAAAGAUUUCAAAACCUUCUUCCAUUUCAGAUGAUGAUGAUGAUAGUGUUGGCAUGACCACACAGGAAUUCCGCAGUGCCCCGACCAUGUUUGACAUCUCCAAGCUUUUAACGUCGCCCACAGCUCAGUCCUGUGGAAAGGUGAGCAAGAAGAAGAGAGUGGGAUCUGAAAAGCAACACUUGUCUUCUGUCGCGCAACCUGCGUCGGACAAACCUGCCAGCUUAAACUCUUCCCUUAAAGAAAAUGCCUCAGAGGUAGAACGUACCCCAACUCCGCCUGCCAACUCCAUCCUCAGUGACAAAUCCAACACUGUGGCAAAUGGGCUCCCUGAGAAGAAACUGCCCGAUAGGAGCAGUACGUUUAAGGAAACAACUGACCUAAAGAAAGGUCCCAUUUCUGUGCAUCAGUGUCCCCUACCUGAAGAAGAGUUUCCAGCUUUGAUGAACAGCAGCAUGAUAAGGAUGCCACCCCCAGGUUUUGUUCCUGUUGUCACCGUUGCUCCACUUGCACCCCCUCCAGGUCUGUCCUCAUCUGUAGGAAAGCCUCCACCUGGCUUUAAUAACUUACCUCCUACUGCUCUUCCCAGUGAGCCACAGAACAAGGCAACUAAGCAGCCUCCUUUUUGCACUCGCACUUACCUUGUCCCCGAGAACUUUCAGCAGAGGAACAUACACCUCAUUAAUUCUAUUAAAGACUUCCUCGACAGUGAUGAGUCCAAGUUCAACGAAUUCAAGUCACUCUCUGGAAAAUUCAGACAGGGCCUAAUAUCCGCUGCUGAGUAUUACCAAAGCUGUCGGCAGCUACUUGGGGACAACUUUAAGCUGAUCUUCAACGAGCUGUUGGUUCUUCUGCCAGACACGGGCAAACAGCAAGAGCUCCUCUCUGCUCAUAAAGAGUUCCAUGUGGAAGAAAAGCCCAGCUCAAACAAGCCCAAGAAAAACAAAAAAUCCGCCUGGGUAACGGACUCCAAGUCUCUCGAUCUGGACUAUUCCGUGUGCCCCAGCUGCGGCCAAGUGCUGGCCCCCAGGGACCUUGCUUCCCAUAAAAAACUGCACCUAGAGGACCAUGAUUUCCCUUCGCUCCAGGCAACCAGAAGGAUUAUCAGUUAGGAGCCUCGGGAACCCAGCAAGCUUUGUGCAGUGUCAAUACAACAACGAAGAAGAUCUGUCGUGAGAAGCAACAGGUUCAUCGUGUUUUGCCGUUUAGGAGGUUUCUUCCUGUUCCAAGUCGCCAAAUAAACUGUUACUUCUUGUGGAUGAAGGGUUGUGCCAAGUUAAAGUCUUUAUAACCUUGCUGUGCAAGUCUGUGUAUCAGAUCCUUUCAUGGGACACACCAAGCAGCAAUGCAGAGAGGGAUUCACUUUAAAUAAAGUUUGUUUGGAUUGGUC